AUGGUUACGUUUGGACUACAACAGGGACAUCGUGCAAGUUGUCAAUCGGAUCAAUCAGAUGCUGAUAUAAUAUCGGAGGGUGGACGAAGUAUUGGCAAUGGAGAUACAUCAUUAUCAUAG